AUGAGCAUGCAGCUGCGAUAUAUCAAGUCUACUCGUUUCCCGAAAUACGACGGAAGAUAUGUGGAGCUCUACAUCAUCCUAGGCUCGACAAUGCUCGGCUUCAUCAUCCAAUUUGUAGGCCUAAGAGGUCUGCAUGCAUCCGUCAUUCUAGCCCAGCUGGGUUCAACUUUCAUAAUGUCAAUUCUACGCACUUGUCUACGGACUCAGAGGAUGGCACCCGAAGAAAACCUCUUCAAGGAUGAGCGAGAUCUCGCUACUCAGAAGAAACAAGAACUUGAUGCUUUUGCAUUUUACCUCCAUAAUGUCGCUUCGUUUGAACCUUCUUUCUCCACGAAUCCGGCUACAUCCCGCAGUAACUCAUCAGACACUUAUGUGGCCGAGCCAGAAAAACCGUUGGUAAGAGACGUCAUUGCAACACGGGCUCUUCUUGCAGACGUAACCUCCAAGCAAGAGUCGACGCAUGGGUUGAAUGUACCAUGGGAUGAUAUUCCAACUCGAAAGGUGGCAAAGAGCCUGGCGGAAACGAUCGGGAAGACAAUGGACUUGUUGUCUAGCUGGGGUGUUGACUACGAGAAAGAGUUCCGAUUUGAUCUCUCCUUUGAGUGCAAAUCCGAAGACUCUCAGUGGACCCAGUCUUACCAUGGGCAACACCAAGUUCGCGUUCAAAGGAGCGGUGGUGCUUUGAAAUGGAAAGUCGAUCAGCAUGAGCUCGAAGCGAUUAUUGGGCUGUCAACUUGGUCGUUAUACAAAUCCGACGAGGAGUGGAAGAAUCCUCUUCUCCGAAUGGUGGGCCUUAAUUCUUUGGAAGCUGGAACACUAGAGACUUACCUGACUUUUCAUAAAUGGAUCUUCCAGCAAGCUGAAGCUAAGCUUGUCUCUGCUAAGACGAUUGAUUCGUCUAAACGGCUCUUCGGGUUCGAGUCGGAUCGCGAUGUCUACGGCAAUGACAUCCUUACUGUUCGAACAGAGAGCAGCUUGGAGACUAUGGUUGCUCAAGAUAUCUACAUCCGAUUCCUUCGCAAUGCGCUCAAGCCUACCAAUGCACUCAGAGGGCAUACCCUUCUAAAUGACAGCAUUCAUAAUUCGAAUGUUCAGCGAAAUUUUUCAGCAAAGAAUAGCCAGCUUGAAGAGCUAAUUCAUUGCUUCGAGAGCUGCAUGCUGGGAUCACGAGAUGAUGCACUGCUGUGCGUAAUUCCUAUCUUGCGGAGCUUAAACCUCCUUCCAGAGUUAACAGGAGAUUCUGUACAAGUGAGAAAGCAAAUCGAAGAUUUAAUAGGACAAAACGAUUGGGAGAAAGCGUUCAGACUUCUCGAAUGGAUAUGCGAGCGAUCUCAAGGCGAUGAACUACGCCGUUCUGCAUAUGAACUGGGUUAUCUCUGCCGCCGAGCUCUGAUGACACAUGACGCUGCUAUCCGGGGAACAGGACUCAGAUAUACGUGCAAGAUCCUCAAGAACGAUAUCAGGGGGGGAGUUUUUGAACUCCCAGUACACAAGCGCGCCCAGACACUGGUCAGAGUCGAGCCAAUUGGAGCCCUGGCUGGGGCAAUUUUCCAGGGAACUAGGAUGGAUCGCAUGGCAUAUAUCGGCACACCUGCUGAACGAAAUGAAGAUGCAAACAUUCCGAUGACUGCGGUAAAAGAAACGCAGGAGUUUCUUACUUUGAGUGCUUGGGAUGUCCACCAUCGCGAUCUAGAGGGAAAUGAUGAUGAACUAGGCUACGUUUGGGCCUUAAAAGAAGACCUGGGUGCAAUUGCCUAUUUUAUAAUGGUAAGGUGGACAGAGAUCGGUACUCAACACCCGAUCCUUUCUCAACGAGCAUUUAGUAUUGCAGCGAGGCAUCCCACUGGUCAGGGUGUGAAUGUUCUUCUUCAGCAUGGUGCUGAUAUCGGUGCAUCGGACGAGAGAACAAUUUCAGCUUUACUCCAAGCCAUUGACGACAACGAUUUAGGAGCCGCCGAGAUACUUCUUGAAAACGGGGCUAACCCGAAUGGCAACGAGAAAGGGCCGGAUGCCAAUCCUUUGGGCCUCUGUGCUCAACGAGACCUUAUUGAUAUGGCACAGUUGCUUCUUGGCCAUGGCGCUUCAGUUUAUAAUACUGACGCGAGUGGCAUGUCUGCACUUCAUUGGGCGAGUCAUGAAAACAAACUCGGCAUUGCCAGCCUCCUGAUUUCCCAUGGAGCGAAUGUUGGAAAGUUUGGAGCAGACGGAGCGACGCCACUUCAUUGUGCGAUCAGAAACAAUUAUCUUCAAAUGACGGAACUGCUCCUGAAAGCUGGAUCUGAUAUUGAUGCCCCCGGGGGUAAUCGAGAGAAGACCUCGCUAAUGUUUGCGGCCGACUCCGGCUUUGUCGAUCUUGUCCAUAUGUUGCUAGCAAAUGGUGCCGAUAUUCAUGCACGAGAUGCAAAGGGACUGACGGCUUUAGAGUGGGCCAAGAUAAGCAGUCGCUCGGAAAUCGUCAAGAUUUUGGAAGAAGCAGCUCGAAUGUCCGAGGCAUACAACGUGGGUUGA